AUGAGUGUUCUCAUCACAACCUCCCUCGGAGAGAUGGUUGUGGAUUUAUGGGUGGAAGAGUGUCCGAUUGCGUGUUUUAAUUUUCUUUCACUAUGCAAAAUUAAAUACUACAAUAAUUGUAAAGUAUUUCAUGUGGAGAAGAAUGCUUGGUUUCAGAGUGGAGAUCCAACCCACACCGGAAAAGGAGGACAUUCAAUUUUUCAUUUGAUAGAAGAGAAGAAGGCUUCUGAUCAAAAGCAACCAUUUCUGAAAGAAAAAGAAAUUUAUUUCAAUGAUGAAAUUAAUGUUCGGAAAAAACAUAAUCUAGAGGGAUUAUUGUGCAUGGCAAACAAGGAACAUCCGAAUACCAAUGCAAGUCAAUUCUAUAUUACAACAACGAAUAGACAUUUGGAUUAUCUGGAUGGAACACACACCAUUUUUGGUCGUGUUGAAGAAGGUAUUGAUGUGGUCCGUGCCAUUGAUAAAUUAUAUACAGAGAAAAAAGGUGAGCUUGAAGUACCCAUUCAAACUGUGAGAAUUAGACAUACACAAAUUCUUUUUGAUCCAUUUGAAGAAGAAGAAUCGUUGAAAAAGCAAUUUGAAUCAUUCUACAAGUAUGUUCAAAUGAUGAUUCCGGAUAAAAGCCCAGCUGCUAUACACGACGAUGAGAUUAUUGAAAUUCCUCAACAAGUACUAAAUGAAGAGGGUGAAACUGAGGAAGAUUAUGAAACAAAGAAGGAAAGAGAAGCCAAAUCGAAAGCGGUUGUAUUGGAGAUGAUUGGUGACUUGCCUGAUGCUGAAGUAGCACCGCCAGAGAACGUCCUUUUUGUCUGUAAGCUAAACCCUGUCACAACAGAUAAGAGUUUAAGAUUAAUUUUCUCUCAAUUUGGAAAAAUCAACAAGUGUGAAGUUGUAAGAAAUAAGAUGACAGGGAAAAGCAAAACAUAUGCAUUCAUUGAAUUUGAAUCAAGUGAAGCCUGUGAAAAUGCAUAUUUGAAAAUGGAGAAUGUGAUUAUUGACGAUUCCAGAAUACAUGUAGAUUUUUCGCAAUCUGUAGCAAAACUGUGGUGGCAAAACGAACAAGAAAAGAAGCAGCACUCUUCAGCUUCCGCACCAAGGACAACUGGAACUCUUGAAACAACUACUAGUACUGUGCAGCAACAUCAAAAUGAACGAAGGCUAGGUGGAGAACGUAGACUCGAUGCCAGACCUGGCAAUCCGCCAUCUAGAAAUUACCAAGACCAGCACAGGGACAGUCACAGUCGACAAGGCUCUUACAAUAGAUACCAAAACGAUCGAGAGCACUACAACAAAAGCCAUAAAGAUAGAAGAGAAGGUGAAUCGAUUUCAUCAGAUUCGUAUCAUAAACGAAAGACCUAUGACUCACAUUACGAUUACAAUCGAGAUUAUUCCAAAAAGAAUAAGCGAUAA